AUGUAUCGUCAUGGUCCGUAUUUUAUCAUAACUAUACUUGAUCCGCUAUCCCUUCAACAGGUUCUCCCGGAUACUUUUCUUUCAAAACAUUAUGAUUAUCCUUUACCGGAUAACAAGGUUAUACUUAACGUAUCCAAGAAUCAUAAAUGGGAAGUCCGUAUUAGAAAGAUUGGUCCAAAUUAUUGUUUUGCUGAUGGUUGGUUUAAAUUUAUUGAAGAUCUAAGGUUAAAUCCUGGGGAUAUUUUGUGUUUUAAAAUAAACGACGUGAAACAUUUUAAUAUUACCAUAUUCAAUAAACACGGUCGUCAAGUUUUGUUAAACAACACUCCUUUGAUUGAGCAAGAAGAUGAACAUAUUAGCAAUGUGGAAGGUUAUCGACAAGUUAGUGACGAUCCUAACUAUCCUUUUUUCGCAAUGACAGUAACUAAUGAAUUGAUCCUUCCAAAAUUGAUUACUGACUUAAGUGGUUUAAAUGAGUUUUCUGAAGUAAAGAUCAAAGUUGUUAAAGGAAAUACUUGGGUUAAGAAUCUUCGUACACACAAUAUUGAUGGUCAAAGAAGGUACGGUGUUAUUGGAUGGCAUGAUAUACUUGAAGCCGAACAUAUUUCCUUAGGUGACGAUUGUUUUUUCAACUGGUCGAUAACGAAUUCCAAGUUAUUGGUGACGAAACUCCAGCAAGCAUAA